AUGAUAGUCACCGCCAGCAGUGCGUGGCGCAUGGAUUUCCUGCUUGAAAGCACUUGCUUGCCGUGCCUUUCGGAUGAGCCCAAUGUUUCUGGUGCUCUAUCCUGGUGCCGGCAAUGGACGCCGCCAGAGCCGUGGCUUUGGUAUUGUCCGUGCGGUUUGGCCGCAUGUGGAGGUGAGGGGGUAGGCAGAAUCGAGAAAGGGAGCGCGGGCAAGGGUUGCUGCCUCGUAAAAGUAGACCAGGUUAUUCUUCAUGCGUGGGAGAGCGACCUGAGGGCGCCGUUGAGAGGAGCCGCUGGUGGAGCUGGUGACAUAAUCGGGGUACCUUGGAGGCCAAGGCAGAUAUGA